ACUUUUCAAAUGUCAAAGUGACAACGAAUAAGAAACAUACACACAUCAACUUUUUCUUUUCUAUAUAAACUCAGGCUGUUGCCAAUCAGAUAACAUUUAAUUACUAGCAUACUAAACUAAUUUUACAAAAUAAAAAAAUACGUCAGAUAACAGACAUGUAUCAAGGAAUAAAAUGUCCACAUCACCGAUAAUACAUCACCCAACGUGUUUGACUUUACGUUACCGAAAGUGUGUUUCUCUGUCACGUAAAACGUAAAUCUUUUAUUUUAUCCCAUUUUCGAUAAUGAUGCAAAAGAGGCACUAAGCUAUCAAUUUUGUUGAUAUGAACUGCUCGAUGAAAAGUUGUAAUAAGAUUUUGUAUCAUGAGAUCGAAGAAAGCCGUUUUGAUAGCAUCUUUUUUGUGUGUCUGGACGAUAAUAACGUACAUACUGUUUAUGCGACAAACAUUCGAAGUUGAUAGUAAACACAAACAUAUGGAAAAUAAGUUAAAUUAUUUGGAAGCAGGUAUACAAGAGGAGGCAGAACAACAUGAUAUAUUACUACACCAGUUCGUAAGUGUGGUUAAAAGUCGUGCAGAGUUUCAAAUGACCAGUAGUACAACAACAUCAACUCAAAACGCUGAAAAAAAUGACCGCGAACGACUCAAUGGUGUCAAGGAAAUAUCUCUGGUGGACAAUAGCAUACCGAAUCCGAACCGUCACAAUUUAAGUCUGAUUCAGAAACAUGGGAACGGUGAGUUCAAAGGUCCAGUGAUACCAGUUCUGGUGUUUGCUUGCAAUCGUGUUUCGGUUAAAAAUUGUCUGGAAAAUUUGGUUGAUUAUCGGCCGAAUGCCGAACAAUUUCCCAUAAUUGUGUCACAAGAUUGUAACGACGAGCCGACCAGAAAUGUCAUAUUGUCGUUCAAGGAGGUCUUUUUAAUUUCUCAGCCAGACCAAACGGAUAUUCUAGUUCCGCCAAAGGAAAAGAAGUUCAAAGGCUAUUACAAGAUCUCUCGUCAUUAUGGUUGGGCGUUAAACACAGUUUUCAGUGAAGGCUUUGAUUAUGUGAUCAUAGUCGAAGAUGAUCUGAAUGUUUCACCAGAUUUUUACGAAUAUUUUCUGGGAACGCAUGAGCUGUUGAAAAACGACUCAUCGCUAUGGUGUGUGUCAGCGUGGAAUGACAACGGAAAGGUUGGCAAUAUUGACGAGAAUGCUUCCAGUCUGUUGUACAGAAGUGAUUUCUUCCCAGGACUGGGUUGGAUGUUGACGAAGGAAUUGUGGACCGAAUUAUCUGUCAAGUGGCCAAAAGCAUUUUGGGAUGAUUGGAUACGUCAGCCUCAACAGCGUAAGGACCGAGUAUGUAUUAGACCGGAAAUAUCAAGGACUCGAACUUUUGGAAAAGUUGGCGUGAGCAAUGGAAUGUUCUUUGAAAAACAUUUAAAAUUCAUCAAAUUGAGCGAAGUCUUCGUCCCAUUCACUGAAAUGGAUCUGUCUUACUUGCUGAAGCAAAACUAUGACAAAACAUUCCUGUCUAAAGUAUAUUCGUAUCCGGUCGUAACCUUUGAGGAACUGAGACGAGGGAAUGUGGUUACAAAAGGUGAACCAGUUCGAAUACAGUACAAUACCAAAGACCAAUAUAAACGAACUGCCAAGUUGCUAGGACUAAUGGACGACUUUAAGAGUGGCGUACCGCGUACUGGAUACCAUGGAAUCAUUUCCUUUUUUUACAACGAUCAGCGCGUGUAUCUUGCACCGAAUAGUAAUUGGAAAGGAUAUGACCUAUCGUGGAGCUAACAGAAUUUGGUUGUCAGUGCAUCAUCAGCAUGCAGUAAAAUUAACACAAAGUUUUUGAGAGUUUUCUUUUGCGGUUUCUUUGUUGACAUGAGCGUGAAAAUCGGUGGUUUGUUCUUAGUUUUUCCAAAUAAAUUUGUGUGAUGAGGAACGGGCACGGUGUAAGUUUACAAAGUUUUGCAUUAAUAUUCGAUUGUGAUGAUGAUGUGUGUGUGCCACAAAUUGCGAUGAGUCGGUCUAAGUCACAUUGUCAGUUUUUUUAAUAAAUUUUUUUUUUGUUUCAACAAACCCUUACGAUAUAGCUGCUUUCCACUCAGACACUUUGUUGUCUGAUUAAAAUCAGUACUAUAUAUGAUGGAAGGA